UACUUUUGCUCUCAUGUACAGCCACAUUUCUCCCUAAAGCUAUUUAUAUCUAUUGUCUAUAUAUUUGCUAAUGAACUUCACUUUCCCUUUCUAAAAUGCAAAUUUCUGUGAGCUGCAGCAGGAGAAGCUAAAUGCAUCAGACUGUAUGUCUGCAAAAACUGCAGACAAGAGAAAUAUCCUUGAAGAAUAGAAUUUGGUCUAGCCAAUUCAGUAAAAUAGACAUGUAAUUCGACCUUCAAAUUCACCAGCCUGUUCAUUGUAACACUAAAGAAUGCCUUUAUUUCUUCUGCCGAAACGUCUAUCCCGGAAUACCAGUUCAACGGUUUUUGUCAGUGGUGCGACCUUCCUUACUUUCGCCAUCGAGUAGGUGUUUUUUGUGGUCACGAUUUUGCGAAGAUCGUCAGUCGAGUAAGUAAAUUCGAGGGUAGGUGAAAGGCUUGGCUCUACCAUCCCAAAUAGGAUCCUCCCUAGAGAACACUCUCCAAUUUUGCAGAUUGUGAGAAAUUUUUAAAACUUACAAUAGGCCAACAGCUGACCACUGUCCUGGGCACGACGUUAAACUGCCCCCCAACCCAAGGUGUGGUGCGACCCGUGCCGAGGGGUGCGUGGCACAGGGGAGCUGUGCCUCGAACGGGGCCUCUGGGAUACCGGGCGCCCUCCCAGAGUAUCCAGCCUAGCCCGGGCACGCGGGGCUCUGCCCGGGUGGUCCACACUUUCCUCAGCAUCUCGUGGGAUCAUAAAGAAAAAAUCUGAAAUUAGCUCGAAACGAGCAGAUGGCAAGAAUUCCAGGGGACCUCACUGUGAGGCGACCCGGGAUUCAGAACAGACUAAGCGUGAACUUGGCACGAGGGGACCUCGAGAUGAGGUGACCUCGGGCCUCGUAGGUGAUAAAGACACAGUUGCAGAGGGAGAUUCUUCUAAACUCGCAACAGGGAGGACCUCGGCUGCCGUACUUGACACUGGGGAAACCGACCCGUCCAAAAACAGCUCAGAAGGAGCAGUUUCAGGAAGGGGCGACAUUGCUGCAGAGGCGGAGAUCUCGAACCGUGCAAAUAAGUGUGCACCAGACAUCCCCGUCACUAAGAGUGCAGAUACGGCUUCAGCAGAGAACUCUGAGAAUAUUUCAGAGGAACGACGCGUGACGAAGGUUCCUGUGAAAGAAGAAAUGGAAACAUCGAGAGGUGAGAAUUCUGAACGGAUGGAAGAACACAAUGAGGGAGGAGAAUGUGCGGCAGCAAGGGGAAGAGUGAUACCAAAAACUGAACGAAAGAAGUGGAAACUAGAGGAAGCUAACAAAAAGACUGAAAUUAUUAAUGGGGGUGCUAAAAAAUUAAAAACUAGUACUGACGAAGCAGCAGCACCUGUACUGCAAAAACACAGAUUGAAAGAAGUAGAGUCUACUGACCUUACUCGUGCCAGUGCUCCUGUAACUAAAGAGGCCAGCAAAACCGGAAGUGGCGGUACUGAUCGAGAAGUGGAAGUAAAGGAGGAAAUGUUUGUCUCGAUGAAGCUGGCUGUUGUACUCGAAGGUUUUCCAGACGUCAAGAUGACGGAGGAGCAGGCGGAAGUGGUAGAGACUGUGCUUGUGAAGAGCAUUAACUUGUCUGACCAGGGGGAACCUAUCCAAUUUUCUGCAACAAACUACGAGAAUGGAGGCUUGGUGUUCACUUGUGUGAACAGAGCGACACAAGCGUGGCUUCAAAGUACUGCUCAAAGGAUUGUUCCGUGGCCGGGAGCCAGACUACUGGUUGCUCAGGCGGAGACCACGUUGAAAGGUUCCAGGUUGAUUUUGUGGGUGGACGAGGGAAUGGGGCUGAAUAAGAAAACUUACAAGCAGAUUGUGGAAUUGUUUGAGAAGCAAAAUAAAAAUAUAUCUACUGCCAAGUGGAAAAUCCUCAAGAGAGAGGCAGAGGUAGACAAAAGGAAAAGGGUGACUCUUUGGGUCGAUGACAAAUCUUUCGAGCAUUUGAAGGCAAGGAAUUUCAAAUUAUUCCUCGGCUUAUCACAAGCUAAAUUCAUCCUGAUGUCGGAAUGGAGGAAGCUGAAUACGCAACUGCGCCGUGAACUCAAAUUUGCCAAUAAUGACUCUCGCACUUCAGACCGUCGCGUGUCUCGCACUUCAGACCGUCGCGUGUCUCGCACUUCAGACCGUCGCGUGUCUCGCACUUCAGACCGUCGGGUGUCUUCGGAUCGUCAGGAGUCUCGCGCUUCGGACCGUCAGGAGUCUCGCACUACGGACCAUCGCGACUCUCGUGCUCCACACCAUCGAGAGCCUCGUGCUUUAGAUGAUCACAAAUCUCAUGCUUCGGACCAUCGUGAGCCUCGUGCUUCGGGUCAUCGUGAGCAUCAUGUUUUGGACCGCCACGAGCCACGUGCUUCGGACCGCCACAAGCCUCGCGCUUCGGACUGCCACGAGCGUCGUGCUUCGGACCGGCAGGAGCCUCGCCCUUCAGAACGGCACGAGCUUCGCCCUUCACACCGGCACGAGCCUCGCCCUUCGGACCGGCAUGAGUCUCUCACUUCAGGCCGGCACGAGGCUCGCGCUUCGGACCGCCACGAGGCUCGCACUUCAGACCGGCACGAGGCUCGCACUUUGGACCGGCACGAGGCUCGCGCUUUGGACCGGCACGAGGCUCGCACUUCAGACCGGCAUGAGCCUCGCCCAUCGGACCGGCACGAGCCUCGCGGCUCUGACCGCCACGAGCUUCGCGGCUCUGACCGCCACGAGCUUCGCGGCUCUGACCGCCACGAGCUUCGCGGGUCUGACCGCCACGAGCCUCGCGCUUCGGACCGCCACGAGCCUCGCGCUUCGGACCGCCACGAGCCUCGCGCUUCGGACCGCCACGAGCCUCGCGCUUCGGACCGCCACGAGCCUCGCGCUUCGGACCGUAAGGAGCCUCGCACUUCUGAUCGUCGGGAGCCUCGCAUUUCAGCCCUCCUGGAGCCCCGAGCGUCAGGCCGCCUGGAGCCCCGCGCCUCUGCCCGCCUGGAGCCCCGUACCACCGACCUACAGGAAUAUCGUGCUUCUGACCUUCUGUGGUCUCAUGCUUCGGACUCUCGGUGGUCUCACGCAUCAGACUUCCUGUGGGCUCCCCCUUCCGACCAUCUGGAGCCCCGCACAUUGGGUCAUCUGGGGUCCCGCACCUUGGCUCAUCUGGAGCCCCGCCCUAAGGACCGUUUGGAGCCCUCCUCUAUUGACCUAAUGCCCUGCUUUUCAGAGCGUUUGGGUCCCCUUGCUGCCCAACGUUUGCAGAUCCGAGCUUCAGACCAGCUGGAGCCCCGCCACGUGGACCGUCUGUUGUCCAGCAGUUCAGACCGUCUUGGCUCCCAUAAUUUGCAACGUUUGGAAUCCCGCAUUGCAGACCACACUGAGCCUCGUGCUACGGAUCGUAUGGCACCCCGUGCGCUCAUCCGUCGGGGUUCGCCUUCUUUGGACAGUGUCAUACCGGGCGCCUCGUUCCGCAGGAGGUCUCCUGCUUCAGACCGUGUGGCACCCCGUACCUUGUUCCGUCAGGGGUCUCCUGCUGUGGGCCAUUUGAAAUCCCCCACUUCAGACCUUCAAAGACCCACUACUUCAGACCGUCUGAAGGCCCACUCUUUGGACCGUCAAAUGGUGUGCUCUUCUGACCGCCAGAUGGCCCGCUCUAUGGACCACCGGGUGGCCAGGUCUUCGGACCGCCGGGUGGCCAGGUCUUCGGAGCGCCGGGUGGCCAGGUCUUCGGACCGCCGGGUGGCCAGGUCUUCGGACCGCCGGGUGGCCAGGUCUUCGGACCGCCGGGUGGCCGGGUCUUCGGACCGCCGGGUGGCCGGGUCUUCGGACCGCCGGGUGGCCAGGUCUUCGGACCGCCGGGUGGCCAGGUCUGCGGAGCGCCGGGUGGCCAGGUCUGCGGAGCGCCGGGUGGCCAGGUCUGCGGAGCGCCGGGUGGCCAGGUCUGCGGAGCGCCGGGUGGCCAGGUCUGCGGACCGCCGGGUGGCCAGGUCUGCGGACCGCCGGGUGGCCAGGUCUGCGGACCGCCGGGUGGCCAGGUCUACGGAGCGACGGGUGGACCGACCUUUGGCAGACCGCCGGCUGGCCCGCACUUCGGCCGACCGCCGGCUGGCCCGCACUUCGGCGGACCGCCGGCUGGCCCGCACUUCGGCGGACCGCCGGCUGGCCCGCACUUCGGCUGACCGCCGGCUGGCCCGCACUUCGGCUGACCGCCGGCUGGCCCGCACUUCGGCCGACCGCCGGCUGGCCCGCACUUCGGCGGACCGCCGGCUGGCCCGCACUUCGGCGGACCGCCGGCUGGCCCGCACUUCGGCGGACCGCCGGCUGGCCCACUCUCAGGCGGACCGUCGUGGGUCCCGCCAUCCUGAUAUUGUGUCACCCGGUUCCUUAGUCCAUCAGGGGCCUUCCACUUUGGACCAUCGGGACCCUUCUGCUUCUUCACGCUGGGAGCCCCGCACUUCAGAAUGUGCACAACCUCGCGAUACAGACCGUUUUGAUCCCCGCGCUUCAGAACGCCUGGUGCCCCGUAGUUCCGACCGUUUUGAUCCCCGUGUUUCUGAAUGCCUACUGUCGCGCACUUCAGACCGUUUUGAUCCUCGCGCCUCAGAACGCCUACUGGCCCGCACUUCAGACCGUCUCAAGCAGCACACUUCUGAUCGUCCUGAGCUCCGCACUUCUGCCCAUCAGGAGCUCCACACGUCUGACCGUCGGGAGCCCCGCACUUCUGACCGUCGGGAGGGCCGUGUUUCUGACCGUCGAGAGCCCGGCACUUCUGACCAUCGGUUGCCUCAAGAGACUGAUUACAGUGUCCCAGAUCAAUCUCAGCUUCGUAAGAGAAUGUCUGUAGUUUCGGAUCCCCUUUCACCUAAAAGGACGAGGUAUACAGCUUCGUAUUUGAUGCCAUCUCUUGAUUCCAGGCACAUGCCUCCAAGCCGUGAUAAGUCUGAGAACUCGAGGUUCAAAGAUUCAGAUCAACUAUUAUCCCGUGACUCAAGAUUCACAGGCUCGGAUGAGCCGCCUGUCCAGGAAUCCAGGUUCAGAGGUUCAGAUCUCUGGAUGAGAAGAUAG